AUGGAGACUCUCAGGGGUUUCUUUGCCAAACCCGAUCCCCAGGCACAGCUCCGAAAAUGUAACGCCCUCAUGCGCUCCAACAUCCGCAAGCUCGACCGCGACAUCCAGCAGGUGAAGCAGGCGGAGAUCAAGACCAAGAACCUGAUCCUGCAGGCCGACAAGCGCGGGCAGCGCGACCCCUCGCGCCAGAAGCAGGCGGCCAGGGAGGCGCGCGACUUUGCGCGGGAGCUGAUCCGCGCGCGCAGGGCGGGCGCGCGCCUCGUGACCGCCAAGGCGCAGCUGACGAGCGUGCAGAUGCAGGUCAACGAGGCGUUCGCCGUGCGCAAGAUCGAGGGCAGCAUCCGCGCGUCGGUGGGCAUCAUGAAGGACGUCAACUCGCUCGUCCGCCUGCCCGAGCUGGGCCACACCAUGCAGGAGCUCAGCCUCGAGCUCAUGAAGGCCGGCAUCAUCGAGGAGAUGGUCGACGAGGCGCUGCCCGAGGACGCCGACCUGCUCGACGAGGAGGAGGAGGCCGAGGGCGAGGUCGACAAGGUCCUGGGCGAGAUCCUCAAGGGCCGCAUGGACAAGACCGGAACCCUGCCCAGCGCCCCGCUGCCCCAGGAGCCGGUGCAGGCCCAGCCCGCCCAGGCGGAGGAGGAGGAGGAGGACACGGAGGCUAUGAUGGACCAGAUGAGGAACCGGCUGGAGGCUCUGAGGAGCUGA